AUGGGAUACGAAGAUUCUGUCUACCUUGCCAAGCUCGCCGAGCAGGCUGAACGUUAUGAAGAGAUGGUUGAGAAUAUGAAGAACGUCGCAUCUGCCGAUCAAGAGCUUACUGUCGAGGAGAGAAAUCUACUUUCUGUUGCGUAUAAGAAUGUCAUCGGAGCCCGCAGAGCCUCUUGGAGAAUCGUGACCUCUAUCGAGCAGAAGGAGGAGUCGAAAGGCAACGAGUCUCAAGUUGCCCUCAUCAAGGAAUACCGUCAGAAGAUUGAAGCCGAGCUUGCAAAGAUUUGCGAAGAUAUCUUAGAAGUCCUUGAUAAACAUUUGAUCCCCUCUGCUCAAUCAGGAGAGUCGAAGGUCUUCUACCACAAGAUGAAGGGUGAUUAUCACCGCUACUUGGCCGAGUUCGCUCUUGGUGACAAGCACCGACCUUGCUCCUACUCACCCCAUUCGCCUUGGGCUGGCCCUCAACUUCUCCCGUGCCAUCUUGCCAAACAGGCCUUUGACGAUGCAAUUGCCGAGCUCGACACCCUAAGUGAGGAGAGCUAUAAGGAUUCUACCCUCAUCAUGCAGCUUUUGCGAGACAACUUGACCCUCUGGACUUCGUCCGAGGCAGAAAACGACACUGCUGCCGACACUAACAAGGAAAUGUCUGAUGCUCCGGCCGCAACACCCGUCACCGAGGCUAAACCUGAGACCAAAGAAUAAAUUCUCUUGGGGACGUGGCACGGCGGAGGGAAAAUGAGGGGGGAACUGCAACCAAAAGGCAUGGGUCAUACAAUGUGUUGGGGAUAACUACGUUCUGGUUUCACUAUGCUAGGCGUUGACGCAAACUUUUCUCUUCUAUCUGUUGGCCCAGACGUUCGGUCUGUGUUUCUUUUUUCUCAAAGUUUCGUUCAAUUCAACUUGUUGUCUUUUAAAACUUUAAAGUCUGGUUCUGUGUUCUCUUGGCCUUACCCUAUGUUAUUUUCUUGUUCCUCGGUUAGUGCUAGGUGCGGUUUUCACAGCCUUUU